AUGGCCUCGCAACCCGUCGUUUCUGCACGAAGUGCCUAUCGCCAACUUCUCCGCGCUACCCGAAUUGCCUUUCGAGAUGACUCCCGUGUUCUCAUUGCUGCCCGUCAAGAAGCCCGUCGGAACUUCGACAGCCAUCCUCGUGUUGGAAUCGACACGCCAAUGCAAAUCAAUCAUGCCGUGGAGGUGGCUGACAUUCUGAGGCAUAACAUCGUGCAAGGGACCAGGGACGCAGAGAAUGAAGCUGCCAAAUGGGAACUCCGUAUCCAUGAUGAUAUCGAACGGGGUGAUAAUGAUUCAAUCAAGGUGGCGGGUAAGCGUGUUAAGGUUGACAAGCCAUGCUCUGCAUAG